AUGGACGGCAAGAGUGGGCUCCCGCCCUACUCACCGCCCGACCUGGCAGUCGCGCGUGCAGGCACUGCCGAGUCGCGCCAGCCCUUGGGCAAUCACCCCAACCGACUCCGCAGCCCUCGCGGCAUCCGACGCAGCAGAGGCACCAAGUUUUUCGUCUUGGCCUGCCUGGCGCUCAUUGUACUGGCCCAGUGGAAGCACGUCUUUGGCUCCCGCAGAAGCGCAAGCUCGGCCAGGCUGUCUCUAGACCGGCUGAACCAAGACCUGGCAACCUGCAAGAGGCUGCGCCGCAAGCCUCAGGACCCCAUCGGCCUGGGUCGCGGCACCAAUGCGCGCUUCGUCCAUGGCGCCAGGCCGACCCUGAUCAAGAAUGCCACCAUAUGGGCGGGCGAGCCUGCCGAGGGGACCAGCGACGCCGAGGCCCGCGCCGGCAAGGGCUGGCAAUGGACCCGGGGCGACGUUUACCUGGAGCACGGUCUCAUCAGCAAGGUCGGCCAGGACCUGCCGCUGCAUUCGCUGCCCCAGGACACCCAGUUGUUCGACGCAGAGGGCCGUUUGCUCACCUCGGGCAUCAUUGACAUGCACAGCCAUGCGGGCGUCGACUCCCUCCCCGCUCUUCGAGGCACCAGCGACUUCAACGAGUUCUCGGACAACGUCACGCCCUAUGUCCGCUCCAUCGACGGCCUGUACGUUUUCGACCCGCAGAUCCAGGUCAUCAAGUCCGGAGGGGUGACCACGUCGUUGAUAUUACCCGGAUCAAGCAACAACAUAGGCGGCGAGGCCUAUCUCAUCAAGCACGCCGUCGGCAGGCCUGAUGGCCGCAACGAGACCAGCGCCAACGACUUGCUGGCUGAUCCCGAGCGGCACUGGCGCUACAUGAAGAUGGCGUGCGGGGAGAACCCCAAGCGGGCUACUGUUGUCCCCGGCCGAUAUACCAGCCGACUCGGCGAGAGUUUUGCCUUUCGACAUGCCUUUGAAGAGGCUCGUGAUUAUGUGCGGAAACAAGACGACUGGUGCGACAAGGCGACGGCCCUCGGGGUUGAGAGCAUGGGCGGCUAUCUUCCGCAAGAGAUCAAGUGGGAGCUGUUGGGGGCAGCUCUGCGAGGCCAGGUUCACAUCAACGUUCAUUGCUACACGGUCCCCGACUUGGAAGCCAUGGUGGAUCACACGCAAGAGUUUGAAUUUCCUGUGCGCACCUUUCAUCACGCCCACCAGGCGUUUCUCGUCCCGGAGAUCUUGAAACGCACCUGGGGAGGUCGCGCGCCAGCGUCCGCCCUUUUUGCCGACAACAUGUUUUACAAAAUGGAGGCUUACGUAGGUUCCGAAUCCGCUGGCAAGCAUCUCUACGAGGCAGGGUUGACGCCGGUCUACGUGAGCGACAACCCUGUCCUCAACGGUCAGCACGUUUUGUUCGAGGCUGCCAAGGCCUACCAUUACGGUUUGCCGUACCAUGCCGCUCUCGCCAGUGUGACGACGGCUCCGGCGGAGGAGCUGGGGAUGGGCAAACGCCUGGGCAAGGUCAAACCCGGCUACGACGCCGACAUUGUUGUCUGGGACAGUGAUCCCCUCAGCGUCGGGGCAACGCCGGUGCAGGUGUGGAUUGACGGCCACGCCCAGUAUACAGCCCCCGUCUACCACGACAAGCCGGUCGAGGGUCCUAUCGGGCCGGAUGCUGCAGCAGCUCCUGCCGGCGUCGCCUCUGAGCCCAUCCAAGUUGCCGACGUCGUGUUCAAGGGCGUGUCCAAGGUUCUGCUGUCAGACGAUGCCAAGUACGAAAUCCGAGACGAGCCCGCCAAUGUCGUCGUGUCAAAGGGCAGGAUCUCGUGCAUCGGAACCUGCCACGCCGAGGUGGUCGCCGCUGCGGCCCAGGGGGGCCAGGUGUUGGAGCUCAAGAACGGCUACGUCACCCAUUCCUUCACGGGCGUUUCCGGCACCCUCGGCCUCAACGAGAUUGACGCCGAGGAAAGCACCGACAACGGCAACAACGUCGACAAGUUUACACGCGCUGCUGACGGUCUGCUCCUGGACAGCAAGAAGCUCCGCGUCGGCGCCCAGCACGGCGUCACGAGGGCCAUCUCCGCCCCAAAGUUCAACGCUCUGAACACCCACCACGGAACAAGCGUCGGCUUCGUCACCACCGCCAGGACGAGCCUCGACAAGGGGGCGGUAUUCGCCGCCGACGUGGCGGUGCACUACACCCUGAGCGCUCAAGCGCGCGCAGCGUCAAAGAGCUACACGGAAGCCUUUGGCGCCUUGCGCAGGAAGCUGCUCCGCGCCGCGAGGGCAAACGAGACGGAGCCGGAGCCGGAGCCAUACUCCGAGGAGGCGUAUCUGAAACGCGUCGUCUCGGGCGCCAUGGCCUUGGCCCUGACCAUCAACAGCGCCGACGGAAUCGCCUCGGCCCUGCGCAUCAAGGCCGAGGUCGAGGGCCUCGCGGCCGCGCGCAUCAACAUGGCCAUUGUGGGCGGCGCCGAGGCGCACCUCGUCGCCGACCAACUGGCCGCCGCGUCGGUGGGCGUCAUCCUCUCGGGGUACCAGCCCAUGCCCGUGUCGUGGGAUUCCCGCCGCGCGCUCUCCGGCGCGCCCCUGACCAACGGCACCGCCGCCGACUGGCUGGUCACGGCGGGCGCCACCGUGGCCAUCGGCCUCGCGGAGGACUGGUGCGUCCGAGACCUGGGCUUCGAAGCCGGCACGGCGUAUCGCAACGGCGACGGCCGCUUCACCGAGCGUUCGGCCCUGGACCUGGUCAGCACCAACAUUUACAAGAUCCUCGGCGUGCGGGUGCCGCGAGCAGAGGACGCGGGGCACUUUCUCGUCAGCGAGGGCAGCCCGCUGCGCAUCGGGUCCCGAAUCAGGGCGGUUGGAUCCGGCCGGGGGGCAGUGUCUGUAUUCGUCUAG